AUGGACGGUGACGAAAUGACCCGCAUCAUUUGGCAAUUCAUCAAAGACAAGUUGAUCUUGCCCUACUUGGACAUUGACUUGAAAUACUACGAUUUGGGUAUUGAGUAUAGAGACCAAACAGACGACAAGGUCACCACAGACGCCGCAGAAGCCAUCUUGAAAUACGGUGUUGGUGUCAAGUGCGCCACAAUUACCCCCGAUGAGCAAAGAGUUGAAGAAUUCAAGUUGAAAAAAAUGUGGCUCUCGCCAAAUGGUACCUUGAGAAACAUCCUUGGUGGUACCGUAUUUAGAGAACCAAUUGUUAUUGAAAACAUUCCAAGGAUCGUGCCAGCUUGGGAAAAACCAAUCAUUAUCGGAAGACACGCCUUUGGCGACCAAUACAAGGCCACCGACAUUAUUGUGCCCAAAGCAGGGGAGUUGAAGUUGGUGUUUAAACCAAAGGAUGGCAGCGAAAUUGUCGAAUAUCCAGUUUACAACUUUGAAGGUCCAGGUGUCGGAUUGUCAAUGUACAAUACAGAUGCAUCUAUUACCGACUUUGCCGAGAGUUCAUUUCAAUUGGCCCUUGAGCGUAAGUUGAACUUGUUCUCAUCAACUAAAAACACUAUAUUGAAAAAAUACGAUGGCAGAUUUAAAGAUAUCUUUGAAAACUUGUAUGCCACAAAGUACAAGAAACAAAUGGAUGAAGCAGGAAUCUGGUACGAACACAGAUUGAUUGACGAUAUGGUUGCACAAAUGUUGAAAUCUAAAGGUGGUUACAUCAUUGCCAUGAAAAAUUAUGAUGGUGACGUGCAAUCCGAUAUCGUGGCCCAAGGUUUUGGUUCAUUGGGUCUCAUGACCUCUGUCUUGGUCACCCCAGAUGGUAAGGCAUUUGAAUCUGAAGCAGCACACGGUACUGUUACAAGACACUAUAGACAACACCAGCAGGGCAAGGAAACAUCCACCAACUCGAUUGCAUCAAUCUUUGCAUGGACAAGAGGCUUGAUUCAAAGAGGUAAGUUGGACAAAACUCCAGAAGUUGUAAAGUUUGCCGAAGAUUUGGAAAAGGCGGUCAUUGACACUGUUGCCAUUGAUGGAAAGAUGACUAAAGAUUUGGCUUUGGCACAGGGCAAAACUGCAAGAGAAAGCUAUGUCACUACUGAAGAAUUUAUUGACAAUGUCGCUUCUCGCUUGAACAAAAAUUUGGGUCGUAGUUAG